ACAACUACUCGGAGAGUUUGUGUGAGAAUGUGAUCCGAGAGAUGCGGCGGUGCUGUGAAGCUCAGGCCGGGAAAUCCAUCUGCUGCUCCGGGUUUAGGGAGUCCAAACCAACGGGGAACAAGAGCAACGCAUAAAAACAUCUCAAUCAAAUGAUGUCCAGGAUAGAUUACAGCGUGUGGGAUCACAUUGAGGUCUCGGACGAUGAAGAUGAUACCCACCCAAACAUUGACACACCCAGCCUCUUCAGAUGGAGACACCAGGCACGUGUGGAUCGAAUGGAAGAGUUCCAGAAAAAAGGAGAAGACAUCAACAAGAGCCUGAAAGAAUGUCGGCGCAAGCUGACUGAGACGCAAAAGAAACUGCAAGAGCUAAAUGUGUCGGGUGAGGCCAAAGCAGAGCUGAGCAAAGUCCAGGCUGAGGAGAAGAAAUUGAAAAAGGAGGAGAGAGAUUGGGAGAGGAAGUUGGAUGAAUACAACAGAGAGGAGAAGAAGAUGCCGUGGAACGUGGACACACUCAGCAGAGAUGGUUUCAGCAAGAGCAUUGUUAACGUCAAACCAGACCCUUCUGAAGAGACAGAAGAGGAGAAGGAGCAAAAACAUAAAACUUUUGUGGAGAAGAACGAAAAGCAGCUCAAACAUUUUGGCAUGCUGCGACGCUGGGAUGACAGCCAGAAGUACCUCUCUGACAAUCCUCAUCUUGUAUGUGAAGAAACUGCCAACUACCUUGUCAUCAUGUGUAUUGACCUUGAAGUUGAGGAGAAACAUGCUCUGAUGGAACAGGUGGCUCAUCAGACCAUCGUUAUGCAGUUCAUUCUUGAGUUGGCCAAAAGCCUCAAACUGGACCCCCGUGGUUGCUUUCGCCAGUUUUUUGCAAAGAUCAAGACAGCAGACCAGCAGUACCAGGAUGCUUUCAACGAUGAGCUGGAGUCAUUCAAGGAGCGAGUCCGUGGAAGAGCAAAGAUCCGCAUCGAAAAGGCCAUUAAAGAGUAUGAAGAAGAAGAACGACAGAAACGCAUGGGUCCUGGGGGACUAGACCCCGCGGAGGUGUACGAGUCCCUUCCACCUGAGAUGCAGAAAUGUUUUGAUGAGAAGGACAUCCAGAUGCUACAGGAUGUUAUUAGCAAAAUGGACCCGACGGAGGCAAAGCUUCACAUGAAGAGAUGCAUUGACUCAGGACUCUGGGUCCCAAAUGCUAAAGAAGCUGCUGGGGUUGAGAAAGAGGAAGAAGCCACUUAUGAAGAGGUGAAACAGGAGCAGGGAGAAGAUAAGACAGAGUGACAAGGAAACCCUUCUGGCUUACCCACUGUAUGGUUAACAGCUUUUUAUGUAUGAUUAGUUAGCUAAUGGGUGAAAUAACUUUCCUACACUGUUUAGUAAGAUCGAAGGGAAUGAUGUUGACAGCAGGUUUUCAGUUGCCUCAGUGGCCCCUGAAUCUGCUGCUUGUGUGUUUUGAACAUCUCUGAACAUCAUGUAUUUGUGUGAGUUUGUGUAGGUGUGUACGAACACACAUCUAUCUGACUGCUUUUUGUCUUCUCAGAUCUGGCUUCUCAUCUUUUUUUGUUUGUUUAUUUUUGAAAAUUCUAAAUUUUUAUUGAGUUCUAGAGAUUGCUAAAUGUUUAUUUUCUUUUUCUUUCUCUUAUGUCACAUUUUUACAGUCAAUGUUUGGGGCACACACUUUUCUGAUAAUUAGACCACAUCACCACCAAGAUCUAAACACAUUAAUAAGUACUUUUACUGGUGAGUGAGAAUGAUUCAUGCAGACUCUGUGACUAAUCUGAUGAGUAGGUGGUGGUUUAGACCUUUAGCGCCCCAGUCUUAAAACAUGAUGCUCGGUAUUAUUCACAGAGAGCCCUCAGGGCCCAACAGUCUUUUUAAAAUUCUACUUAAUAUGGCCUAAACUGAAAUGUAAUAUUCUCAGUGUUUAGUCGUUUCCAGAAUAAAUAGAAAGCUGAAAACAGCCCAGCACUGUGCUCUGUUGUGAUGGUUGGAGUUCACAUUUGCAUGUAGAAGCUGACAGUUGUGUGUAAUGGUUAGGACACACAGCCUUUACGUUUGACUUUAUUGUAAAUGAUUGAAUAAAAACUGCUCAUUGUAGAUAA